GGAGCUGUAGUCCCCGCGGCCACUCGCGGCGUGGACGGUUCCAGCAUGGCGGGGCUCACGGCGGAGGUUACGGCGCGGUUCCGCACCGAGAACCCCAGGUUCGCCGUGCAGGAUGUACCCUUCUCGGUCCCCGCCAACGCCGAGACCACCGACCUCAGCCACCUCAUCAACAAGCUGCUGGCUGCCGACAACGCGGAUCACAAAUAUGUGGAAUUUGACUUCCUUAUCAAUGGCCAGUUCUUGCGUAUGCCACUGGUCAUGCACAUGGAAACAGAAAAUAUCUCCACGGAAGAAGUGGUGGAAAUAGAGUAUGUGGAGAAAUAUAUGGCCCCUCAGCCAGAGGAAUGCAUCUUCCAUGAUGACUGGAUCAGUUCUGUUCAAGCCACUGAAGAAUGGAUAUUAACUGGCUGCUAUGAUCACACUGCUCGAAUCUGGUCUUUAGAAGGAAAAUCCAUCAUGACAAUAGCUGGGCAUACAGAAGUAGUGAAGGAUGUGGCAUGGGUGAAGCAAGAUAGUUUAUCGUGCCUGUUACUCAGUGCUUCCAUGGACCAAACCAUCCUGCUAUGGGAGUGGAAUGUGGAGAAAAACAAGGUGAAAGCGCUUCACUGUUGCAGGGGACACGCUGGGAGUGUAGACUCCAUAGCUGUUGAUUGCACGAGAACUAAAUUCUGCAGUGGAGCCUGGGAUAAGAUGUUAAAGAUCUGGUCUGCAGUACCUACAGAUGAAGAGGAUGAAAUGGAAGAAGCAGCUAACAGACCACGGAAGAAGCAGAAAACCGAACAGUUGGGACUAACAAGGACUCCCCUGGCCACCCUCUCUGGCCACACAGAAGCCGUCUCCUCUGUGCUGUGGUCAGAUGCUGAGGAGAUCUGCAGUGCGUCAUGGGACCACACCAUUAAACUCUGGGAUGCCGAGACUGGAGAUCUCAAAUCCACUUUGACAGGAAACAAAGUGUUUAAUUCUAUAUCCUACUCACCACUGUGUCGACGCCUCGCAUCCGGGAGCACCGACAGGCACAUUAGACUGUGGGAUCCUCGCAGCAAAGAUGGCUCCUUGGUUCUUCUGUCUCUGACAUCUCACACGGGCUGGGUGACAUCGGUGAAGUGGUCACCUACCCACGAGCACCAGCUGAUCUCUGGUUCUCUGGACAACAUUGUGAAGCUCUGGGACACAAGAAGUUGCAAAGCUCCUCUGUAUGACUUGGCUGCUCAUGAAGACAAGGUUUUGUGUGUGGACUGGACAGAAGCAGGGUUGCUGCUGAGCGGAGGUGCAGACAACAAGCUAUAUUGCUACAGAUACCCAGCUACAGCCUCUGAUGUUGGGGCAUGAAGGUCAGCAGCCAGAAGAAUUUUUCUUAGAAGCAUUUUUGCCACAGUCGCGCUCUGUUAACAUCCCCACACAACCAGUGUCUAAAGAAAUGAGUCCUUUUCUGCUCAGACAGCUGUUGUUCCUAUUUUUUUGUGUCGGUAACCUAUAUUGUGUUUGUCACAGAAAAAUGGCGACAAACAGUUAGUGAUGUGAUCAAUAUGAAACAAAGCAAAGGGCAUUUCCUCCCCUUUUGAUGGCCUUGAAUUAACAUCUUUUAAAUUACUAUUUGUGUAGCCCUUUUAAUAAGGAAUAAACUGUUCCUGAUACUUACGGAAAAAUUACUCAUCGGACUAAAUUAUUUUGAGUAAUAAAGCUUUUAUCUACAGUUAAUUCAUUUAGUGCCUCACUUAAGAUAAAAAUCAAACUUCAUCUCUCUUUUUGCUAUGGCAGUUGGUGGUUCUUAUGAUUUAGGUCCUCAAUUGAUGAACUCGGGCUUUUUUCUUGGAUGAAUUCUUAGUAUGUUUGCAGUAUCCAUCUCAUGAUACAAAGGAACUUGAUGGCUUUGCUGGCAGAUGAAAUAUUCUAAAUUUUUUUGUGGCUCAUAAGUUAGGGUUGUAAAUGAUUUCAUCAGAAAGUGUCUGCCUCAUGCCACAGUGCACAUUGUGUUGUAGCACAACUAGUGUUGUAUCUUACUCCUAAAAAUCAGCAGAUGUGUAGAAACAAGGGGGGGAUCACACAGGGCAGAAGAAAUUUUCUUCUUAGAAAGAAUGGAUACAAAAAGUUGUGAUGGCUUUUAGAUAGAGGAUAAGUACUAUCCAAAUAUGCUUAUUUUCUCUGCUGGCGGUCUUGAUUUUAAUUUGGCAUUUAAAUGAAAAAACCUGUUAUUGCAGUUUGUUGGGUGCCAUGUAUGGGAUGUUAAACCAGCCCUUAGUCUAACAAAGUGGAAACCAAACUUGGAUAUCAUUGCUAAUGUUUUAGCAUUCGAUAAGACCUGUACAGCACGAUCAAGUCAAAUGUUUAAAUUGCAAGGUUAAUUGUUUUUUGAAGAGUGAAAACUCUGACCUCCAAGUUUACAAUAUGAACAAGUUCUGAGUGAGCAGCUUAGGAAACAGCAGAACAGGAAAAUGAUGGAGAAAAUGGCAAGGGUACAGGGGAAGGAUCUCUGAUCCCUUGGCUUUGAAAGUAAUGUACUGCCGAUCUUUUACUAAUGCUGCUUACAAGGAAUUAGUUCCCUUACCAUCAUAUUAUCCAUGUUCAUGUCCUUGGUAUGUGCUUUGUGCUUUUUAAAGCAAUAUACACUAUUAAUACCUUAAUAUAGCAACGGAUAUUUUUUCCUUAUUUAAACUUUAUUCCUUUAAAACAUUGCCUUCUAUUUAUUUACUAUACAAACUGAAACUUGCAAAUGUGGUGUAAAUAACUAUUUUGUUUUGCAAACCUACCAAAAAUGCAAAGCAUUUUUUUGAGCAGGAAUUUAGUAUGUGCUGGAAUAUGCAGCAUUCCUUCCUCCCCGCUAUUAAAGAUUUGUGUAAUUUCACAUCCACGUUUGUGGCUAUUCCAGUCUGUUCUAGCAAUCAUUGGCCUAAUACUCAUUAAAGUUUUUUUAAAAAAAUCUCUAAUUAAUGUUUUAGUAUGAAAACAGAAGAGAAUAAUAUCCUCUUUAGAUAAUCCUUAUUCAGGAUAUCUGAAUUUUGGAGGCCUUAACCAAAUAAAAUUUGGAGCUGGUUUUAGUGGAAAGUGAAGGAAGUUUAUCUUCAAGGCUCCCAGCAACCAUUUAAUGUAAAGUCUUGAGCUUUUUUUGUAUUAUAAGAAACCUAUUUUAUUACACUCUUCAGUUUUUCUUUCAGAUAAAUUAUGCUUGAGCUUAGCAUUCAGAAUUCCUGGGGUGGGUCUGCAGUCAGAGCUGUGGAGCACCUCCAGCCAAUUAAGUUGUUGAUAAAAAUAAGUGGAUUCUCUUAAGUGCAUAUGUCUAAAGGCUCAUUAAUGUAAGGCAGGUAACCUUCAAAUGGUUUUCUUGCCUUCUCAGAAAGAUGUAAAAAAUACUUUUUAAGAAGGUCACAUCACUUGGACUGUCAGCUUAACUUAGAAAGAUUAAUACUAUUUAGCCUUAAGAGAGCCCAGCUGGCAUGAAUUGUUUCAGUUUCAAACACUGAAUCCAUUAGAUCUGCUACACUUGUCACCUGUAGUAAAUACACAGAGUGUAACUAACUAGAAGGGUAGGUUUUAGCACAGCACAGUUAAGAAGAAGGAGAGGUUUUACAACCUCCUUUUACUUUGGGUUCUCUUAUUUGGAGAAGUGCGGUGUCAGACACAGAAGGAAGCAACCAAGUAAAGCAUAUUAAUGUUAUGAAGUGAUACCAGCACAGGUACAGCAUUUUUGAAGUGCAUCUGUAUUACCACUGUCCAUGAAUCAUAGAAUAGUUUGGGUUGGAAGGUACCUUAAAGCACAUCCAGUUCCAACCCCCUGCCCUGGGCAGGGACACCUCCCACCAGACCAGGCUGCCCAAUGCCCCAUCCAACCUGGCCUUGAACACCUCCAGGGAUGGGGCAGCCACAGCUUCCCUGGGCAACCUGGGCCACGGCUUCACCACCCUCACUGUGGAGAAAUUCCUCCUCAUGUCUAGUCCAAACCUGCCCCUCUCCAGUUUAUACCCAUCCAUCCUCAUCCUAUCACCACAAGCCUUUAUAGAAAGUCCCUCCUCAGCUUUCUUGUAGCCCCUUCAGGUACUGGAAGGUCGCUAUAAGGUCUCCUUGGAGCCUUCUCCAGGCUGAACAAGCCCAACUCUCUCAGCCUGUCCCCGUAUGGGACGACAUCAUGCUCAUCCCAGAACCUACAAGAACAAUUUUUG